GAAUAUAUUUAUAUAAGUUCUAAUUUAAAAUUUAAAAAAAACAAAAUUGUUCACAAACUUUGAACAAGACAAAAGGUGAGCAUUGUAGGGUUAGUUUGGAAGUCUCCCUGCUUAAAUACUUGGCAGUUUCCGAGGAGAUCCUUAUCUUGCUACCAGUGCAUAUAGCUUUAUUCUUCAGCAAGUCUUUAUAUGGCUACUAUCAAAUGUUCUAAUUUAGUUCACUCAACCUUCCAAUGAGUUCACCUUCUUUACCAUCAACUUGUCAUCUUCAAUCAUGUAGCUUUCCACCAAAACUUAAACAUAAAAACUCAUACUAUAAUGUGAUAUUUAACAAGGCAAAUUCAACUGAAAGAUCACAUGUUUCGGGUUCCAGUUAUUGUACUCAUGAUCAUGCAUUGAUAAAGUCAAGGUUUUUCCCGAGCCACUCCAGCUUAUCAGUCAUAGCACGAAAUGCUAAAGGUUCAGGAGGGGAAGAAGACGGUAGAGCACUAGAAACAGUUCUUAAGCUUUAUACAGCGAUCAAAGAUCGUGAUCUUGACGUUCUUUCAGAUGUCAUCGGAGAGGAAUGUCGAUGUGUGUGCAACUUUGUCUCCGCUUUUCAGCCCUGGGAAGGAAAGGCUCAAGCACUUGUAUUCUUUUCCUAUCUGCUGAGAAAACUAGGAGAACACAUUGACUUUGUGGUGCAACCAACAUUUCAUGAUGGAAUGACUGUAGGAGUUCAUUGGAGACUAGAAUGGAAGGAGACAAAGAUAACUCUUGGCGAAGGGUUCAGCUUCUAUAUGUGCCACGUUUACCACGGAAAAGUGCUGAUAAAGAAUGUGGAAAUGUUCAUGGAGCCCUUGCUUCACAUUGAGCCUCUCCGACUGAAAAUUAUGGGAACCAUCAUGAGUGCAAUUGAUAAAUUGGGUUCAACAGAGCUGUCAAUAGACAUGGCGAAAGGAAUUAUUAAACAUACAUUGCUAGCUUUGCUCUUCUUGGUGGCGGCACUGACAGUCAUUCUGAGAUUCGUUUUGUAUUAGUCCAGCCUUAUGUGUUCAAGACAAUAUUUUUCUGUUUUUUGACUUGGCUCUUCAAUUCAGGUGAACAAUAGCAGGAUGCUUGGCUGAUUCCAGUAAUAUUAAUGUCAAAUGAUGAAAUUUAUUAAUAAAUUUACAUGAUUCACAUCUUAAA